AUGCCUUCCGCCGUUGAAUACCUCACCAGCCCUCACCAGAGUCUCAACUACGAGUCUGACCCUAUUGCGGCAAUGACUUCAUAUUCUCGAAUGAUGCAUAUGCACACGAAACAACAAAUGGAUGCAGCAACACGAUCAGCACGCCGACGAAGUCCUCCAGUCGGUGUCGCUGCCCACGCCGAAGGCGGACUCUCAAAGCAGAGCACACAUAGCAGCAACUCAUCGCGAUCAUCCUUUUAA